UUCAAAAUGGCUGCGCCCAUGUGUUUCACACCUGUCUGACCGGAGAAGCUGAAAUAAUUGUAAAAUUAGAGUAAUCUAGUCAGCAGGUUUGUGGACAUACAUUUCUAUCCGACAUGGCAAAAAUGAAGUUGCAGAAGCUGCAGAGUUACCUGGAAGAUAUUGACGAGUUUGAUAAUCCUAAGAUUUUGUUGGAACAGUACCCCACAACCCCACAUAUAGCUGCUGUCAUGUUACACGAGAUUCAGCUAAAGUAUGGUGACAUAGCUGGCUGCAGUGUCCUUGACCUUGGUUGUGGAUGUGGAAUUCUAACUAUUGGUUCUGUGAUUAAAGGAGCUGCCUAUGUUUUAGGAAUUGAUAUAGAUGAAGAGGCAUUGGAAGUUUGUCGGAGAAACUUGGAUGAAUUCGAAGUUUCUAACGUGGAUCUGCUUCAACAGGACAUUGUAAAUAUUUCACCAAAAGACUCCAAAGAUUCACAGAAAAUGUUAUCUAAAAAUUUUGAUACAGUGAUUAUGAAUCCUCCAUUUGGAACUAAGAAGAAUGCAGGCAUCGACAUGGAAUUUGUUAGAGCUGCUCUGAUGAUGUCAACAAAUGCUGUUUAUUCUUUGCACAAGUUUAAAACCAGGGAACAUUUGCACAAAAAAGCCCAGGAUUGGGGAGUAUCCAUUGAAAUAUUGGGAGAAUUUAAGUUUAAUGUUGCAAACACAUACAAAUGUCACAAAGAGGAGGAAGUUGAUAUAAAGGUUAUUUUUGUGCGAUUUGGACAUAAAAAAUAAAUAAAUUCUUGUUAAGUCACUGUCUCUUAUAGUACGAUUUCAUUGCUUUAUUAGUA